UGUGGCGUUACCACGACCUAUACGUAACGUAACUGCUGGAUACAGCCACAGUGUAUUUUUGUUUUUUGUGUCUGUCCUAAUUAUCUUAUCAAUCAACAUUCCAAACAUGCAAUCCUCAUCGUCAUAGUGUACUUUCAUAUCUGUUCAGUAAAACCGCAGUUAAGCGCAUCAGUGUGCGCUGUGUAAAUUUUUUUAUCCAUACAUCUACUACAACAUAAUAGUUUUGCUCCCUCCAGUCUCCCGUAUAGUUUUGUGUGUCGAACGUCAUCCUCUGGGCCUCUAGUCUAGUAAGUCUAGUUAGUCUGACUCCAACCGUCCAGCAGCUUGCAUCUAUCAGUGCACACAUAAGUAAAGGCACCUGGAACUCCUGGAAGAUUUGUUUUCUAUUAUUACUUCGAACACCAAAAAGGCGAAAGGAAUAAUACAAAAAUGGGUCUGCUGUCGGAGGGAAGCCCACUCAGCUGGGAGGAGACGAAAAGGCUGGCUGACCACGUGCGGAAGCACGGUAUCAAGCAGUUCAUUAAUUUGUACAAGAAGCUCAGGGACAGGCAGGGUGACGUGCUCAAAUGGGGAGACGAGGUGGAAUACAUACUAGUUAAGUUCAACGAUGCAGAGAAAACAGCAAAAGUUUCGUUGAGGGCAGAAAAAUACUUGUCACUUUUGCAAGAAAAGGAGCUGAAGGAUCCAAACAACGUAAAAUCUCUCUGGCGGCCAGAGUAUGGAGCUUACAUGAUUGAAGGCACACCAGGCAAGCCCUACGGUGGACUGCUGGCACAUUUCAAUAUCGUAGAAGCCAACAUGCAAUACAGGAGGCAAGAAGCUUCCAAGCUGCUAGAGCCCGGAGAAGUUAUAAUGUCGCUCACAAAUUUUCCAAGAUUAGGUGCUCCAAAUUUCACAGAUCCCCCAGCUGUUCCUAAUCCACAGUCUGGCGCCUCAAAAAGUCUAUUUUUCCCGGACGAAGCCAUAUUCUUGGGCCAUCCAAGGUUCAAAACAUUAACUAGAAACAUUAGGAGUCGUAGGAAAGAAAAAAUUGCCAUCAACUUGCCAAUUUUCAAGGACAAAAACACUCUGCAGCCGUUCAAAGAAGAUCUGGCUUCACUGGGGGAUGACGGCUCAAGUACGAAAGCUGCCAAAGAAGAUCAUGUCUACAUGGACGCAAUGGGAUUCGGUAUGGGCUGUUGUUGCUUGCAGCUGACCUUCCAGGCUUGCAACAUCGAGGAAGCUCGCACGCUCUACGACCAAUUGACCCCCCUGUGUCCCAUAAUGUUGGCUCUGACGGCUGCCAGUCCAUUUUAUCGUGGCUACGUGACGGAUGUCGACUGUCGCUGGAACAUCAUCUCUUGCUCCGUCGACUGUCGCACCGAGGAAGAGCGCGGCCUUAAGCCCCUCAAAGAGAACAAGUUCCGGAUCAACAAGUCCAGGUACGAUUCCAUAGACUCGUACUUGAGCGAGCAAGGAGCCAGAUAUAACGACGUGCCGCUCGUCUACGAUGAUGCUAUCUACGAGGAAUUGCUCAAUAAUGGGAUCGAUAAGCUCCUGGCCCAACACGUGGCUCAUCUUUUUAUCAGAGAUACGGUUUCUCUUUUUUCCGAAAAAGUUCAUCAAAACGACGAACAGGAUACUGAUCAUUUCGAGAAUAUUCAGUCUACAAAUUGGCAAACUAUGCGCUUCAAGCCACCACCAUCGAACUCUUCAAUUGGCUGGAGAGUGGAAUUUCGGCCUUGUGAAGUACAGAUAACUGAUUUUGAAAAUGCAGCUAUCGUUUGCUUCGUGGUGCUUUUGACGCGAGUUAUUUUAAGCUACAAACUCAACCUUCUGAUACCAAUUAGCAAAGUAGACGAUAAUAUGGCAAGAGCCCAGAAGAGAAACGCUGUGAAGUCAGAAAAGUUUUGGUUCAAGAAAGACAUAACGUGUAAUACUCCUCAAGGUGAUAUUGAUGAAGAAUAUGCCGAAUACACGAUUGAUGAAAUUGUAAACGGAAAGGAAGGAGCAUUCCCUGGAUUGAUUCCUUUGGUAAAUUCUUACUUGUCAAGCAUGGACGCGGAUGCUGACACUCACUGCACUAUACAAAGAUAUCUUAAAUUGAUUCAAAAGCGAGCAUCUGGUGAGCUUUUGACUACAGCUGGUUGGUUGAGGAAAGAAGUCAUUAAUCACCCUGAGUACAAAAAAGAUUCGAAGAUCUCUGAAAGAAUAAAUUAUGAUUUACUUAAAAGAGUUCACGAUAUCGAAUCAAGCAAUACUUCAUGUCCAGAAUUGUUAGGGCCCUGUACAGAAUCUAAAACUACAGAAACAGUUCCACCUGCAAUGGCAAAGGCUGAAAAUUGUUUGCUACCAGACUAGGCGCUGUUAGUAUUAAUUAAUUUAAAUAAUAUUACUGAGCCGAAUAAUGUAUUAUUAUAUUUUUAAUAUUUUUAUUGUGUACAUUUUGUACUUGUAAUAUACAAAGAUUACUAUUCUACCAUUGUUCACCAUACAAAAUGCUCUAUGUUUGCUCAGGAGAAAGACAGUUUUUUAUAAGAGCGUAGUGUAAUUGGUGUAUGAAAAUCGUUGCCUUGUACUGUCGUUAAACUAUUGAUCAAUUAAAUAUUUGUUGGAGAUCAUUUUUUUAAAAGUGAUAUACAAAAAUAAAGUUUGAAAACAA